GUAAACACAAAUCUUAAGAUGGCUACCUUACAGAAAGCAGAUUCAGGGUAUGCUGAAGAGUUCGGGGACUUACUAGGUGACCUUAAGUCUAUGCUAACCAAUUUCCAAAACACAUUCUUAACUGAGAUAAAAGCCACAAACGACAAACUAGAUGAUCUCACAGAGCGGGUGUCUCGAAUCGAGAUGAAGCUGUAUGGAGAGGAUAACCAAACUCUGACACCAGGUGUCGACAGGGCACUGCUGCGGGGCAGGGGUCCAGUCAACAUGCUACCAGGGCGAACCAGACCAAAGAUCAAACGCCUCCCUGCUGUGGAUCUGAGCGACGAUGUUGAUACAAGUAGCAGUGAUGGGUCGUUCCGUAUGAAACUGGAUGUUAACGAUCUUCCAGAUGCAUGUGCCAGCCUUUACAAAGACGUUCUAAUUCAAGAACAUGAAACCAUUUUGAAAGACAUUGACCUGAGUGACACAGAUAUCUUGGACCGGCUGAUAUCUGAGGAGGCCAUUACAGCUAGUGAUGCUGAGGAUAUAAGGCGAGGAGGAGGGAGAAGGGAAAAGGCAAGAAGCCUUCUGCUGAUGUUGGAACAGCGCGGACACGGUUCUUUUGUUAGCUUUAUGGAAGCGUUGGAACCAGACUAUAGGCACAUCAACACAACAUUGAAACGAUCGCUCAGCAUUAUGUAUAAAGAAAAGAAACAUGGACGCUUGAAGUGCAUCGUCUGUAAAAUCAUUGAAAACGUACCACCUCGUGAGGUCAUCGACAAAUGUUACACCCAGAAGGUCAUUCCUACCAAGGUCAUGCGGGACAUAAACCAAUGUGGUGACCCCAAAAAGGGAUGGGAACAACUAAGGCCCCACAUCAAGAAUGAAGAAGCCAUCAAUGUGUUGGCAGAUUCACUACUACCAAAAUUCAAAGGUUUGCGCGAGGAACUCGACAAAUUCAGUGAAUUGAAGAAAUUUUCGUGUUUUUGCAAGAGGUUGUCAAUUAAACGCAAGAUGGAAGAAUCCAAAAGGCAGGACCCGAUUCCACAGUCCCCUGUAGAACACAGCGAGGCUCAGGAUCUCUCCGACCUGGAUAAGGGUGUAAUAGAUAAUGACAUGGAUAUGGAAGUGACAUCGGAGGAGAACACAAACUCUGUAGUGCCAUCGAUGGAGCCAGUGUGUAAAUUCAAAGAAACAGGAUUCAGAGACAAAUUUAAUCGACAGGCAAUCAGAAAAAAGGACAUGAAGGAAAGAGCCAUCCCAGAAACGUAAGAAAUAUAUACCAGUCUUCAAUGGACAAAACAAACAUUGCAGGCAUCAUUUCUUGCAAACAGUAAUGUGACAAGUGCUGAUAAUGACACGACAUGAUAGAUUUUAUGUUCAAAACACCUGUUUAAACUCAUCGUGUUUUGCUAAAUAAAAAACCCCAAAACACUGGCAAUAAAAAUUAUGUAAUCCUACAUAUUUGUAAAUUAGAUGUUUUGUUAUAUGAAAUCUUUUUUUCUGCUGAAGCUGGACUAAUUCAAGGUUCCUAUAAUUCCAGUAUCAUUCCAAGUUUCAGGUUUGUUUAACAAUAUUUCAAAGCCGUUUCUCCAUUAUGACGAUGUAAUUUAGAAACACCUUUCUAAAAUUAUUUAUACAUAAAUUCAAUCCAUUUGGAAUUGUUACAUGUAAUGUGAACUGAAAUAAAACUGUUUA